GGCGGGGGAGGCCAGCGAUCGGGGAUCCAGCCCCUGGGACGGCUGGCGGGGACAAAGGGGGACGAGUCGGGCACCCGCGACGUGCACACACACCUGCCGUGCAGGUGUGGAAAGCCAGUGAAGCGAGGACAGAGACGUGGAGAGACAGGCAAAGAGAAGUGGAGAGACUGAGAGACAGAGAGGUGGAGAGACAGGCAGAGAAGAGUGGAAAGAGAAAGACGUGGAGAGAGACUAAGCAAGACAGGACAAGAAGACAUACUCAGCUGUCCCUGGAACCCCAACCCCGCCUUCAUGCCCAACAGGUGCCCCACUUGGUCCAUCUUCACAGGUACCCAUUGCCCAGGUAACGUUCAGCCAGUGCUGCAGGCAGUCUGACUCACUGUCCCCCAAGUGACUCCUGAGGAACAACUGCAGACAAGAAGAUGGCCCAAGUCCUGCAUGUGCCCGCCCCUUUCCCAGGGACCCCGGGCCCAGCCUCCCCGCCUGCCUUCCCCGCCAAGGAGCCUGACCCACCCUACUCAGUGGAGACCCCCUACGGCUACCGCCUGGACCUGGACUUUCUCAAGUACGUGGACGACAUCGAGAAGGGCCACACGCUGCGGCGGGUGGCUGUGCAGCGCCGUCCCCGUCUGGGCUCCUUGCCGCGAGGCCCUGCCUCCUGGUGGACGUCCACCGAGUCGCUGUGCUCCAACGCCAGCGGGGACAGCCGCCACUCGGCCUACUCCUACUGCGGCCGGGGCUUCUACCCGCAGUACGGCGCCCUGGAGACGCGCUCCGGCUUCAACCCGCGCGUGGAGCGCACGCUGCUGGACGCCCGGCGCCGCCUGGAGGACCAGGCGGCCGCGCCCCCCGGCCUGGGCUCCCUGACGCCCAGCGCUGCCGGUUCCACGGGCUCCCUGGUGGGCGUGGGGCUGCCACCGCCCACGCCUCGAAGCUCGGGACUGUCCACGCCGGUGCCGCCCAGCGCCGGGCACCUGGCCCACGUGCGGGAGCAGAUGGCCGGUGCCCUGCGGAAGCUGAGGCAGCUGGAGGAGCAGGUGAAGCUGAUCCCUGUGCUGCAGGUGAAGCUGUCGGUGCUGCAGGAGGAGAAGCGGCAGCUCACAGUGCAGCUCAAGAGCCAGAAGUUCCUGGGCCACCCCACCGGGAGCCGUAGCCGCAGCGAGCUCUGCCUGGACCUCCCGGAGCCGCCCGACGACCCGGCGGCGCUCGAGACCCGGAGUGUGGGCACCUGGGUCCGCGAGCGGGACUUGGGCGUGCCCGACGGGGAGGCGGCGCUGAAUGCCAAGAUCGCCGUGUUGGAGACCCAGCUCAAAAAGGCCUUGCAGGAGCUGCAGGCAGCCCAGGCCAGUCAGGCCGAGCCCCAGCCCCAGGCCUGGCCCCCGCCCGACAGCCCAAUCCGAGUGGACACGGUCCGGGUGGUGGAAGGGCCGAGGGAGGUGGAGGUGGCGGCCAGCACAGCUGCUGGGGCCCCUGCACAGAGAGCGCAGAGCCUGGAGCCUUACGGAGUGGGGCUGAGGGCCCUGGCGACAUCAGGAGGGGCAGAGAACCCCCCUGUGUUCCGCAGCCACGAGGUGGUGGAGACCAUGUGCCCAGUGCCCACUGCGUCCACUAGCAACGUCCACGUGGUCAAGAAGAUCAGCAUCACAGAGCGGAGCUGCGAAGGGGCGGCAGGUCUCUCUCAGGCACCUACAGAGUCCUCGUCCCCGCCAGGGUCUGCAGCAGCCGCCGCCCAGGUGGAGCCCGAGAAGAGCACAGGCCAGGAGCCCACGGGUGACUGCACCAGCAGGGAGCCCACCAGGCAGGUGGCCUCUAGCGAAUUGGAGGAGGCCAGGGGUGCAGGCGGUUCCCUGGCCGGAGUGCGGUCCAUCAUGAAGCGGAAAGAGGAGCCCGCGGACCCCGAGGCCCGGCGCAGGAGCCUGCAGUUCGUGGGCGUCAACGGCGGGUAUGAGUCCUCAUCGGAAGACUCCAGCACAGCUGAGAACUUCUCAGAUAAUGACAGCACAGAGAACGAGGCCACAGAGCCCGAAGACAGGGUUCCAAGUGUGGCCUCAGUGCCCCAGCUCAGGCCAGGGACAGCGAUGGCCAAGACCAGCCGGCAAGAGUGUCAGUUAUCUCGGGAGUCUCAGCAUGUACCCACAGCUGAGGGGGCCUCGGGAUCCAACUCGGAGGAGGAGAUCCGGAUGGAGCUGAGCCCCGACCUCAUCUCGGCCUGCUUGGCCCUGGAGAAGUACCUGGGCAACCCCAACGCCCUCACGGAGCGGGAGCUGAAAGUGGCCUACACCACGGUGCUGCAGGAGUGGCUGCGCCUGGCGUGCCGCAGCGAUGCACACCCCGAGCUGGUGCGGCGCCACCUGGUCACCUUCCGGGCCAUGUCCGCGCGGCUGCUGGACUACGUGGUCAACAUCGCCGACAGCAACGGCAACACGGCGCUGCACUACUCCGUGUCACACGCCAACUUCCCUGUGGUGCGGCAGCUGCUGGACAGCGGUGUCUGCCAGGUGGACAAGCAGAACCGCGCGGGCUACAGCCCCAUCAUGCUCACCGCCCUGGCCACCCUGAAGACCCAGGAUGACAUUGAGACUGUCAUUCAGCUCUUCCGGCUUGGAGAUGUCAACGCCAAAGCCAGCCAGGCGGGGCAGACAGCCCUGAUGCUGGCGGUCAGCCACGGGCGAGUGGAUGUGGUGAAAGCCCUCCUGACCUGCGAGGCGGACGUCAACGUGCAGGACGAUGACGGCUCCACGGCGCUCAUGUGUGCCUGUGAGCACGGCCACAAGGAGAUCGCGGGGCUGCUGCUGGCUGUGCCCAGCUGUGACAUCUCGCUCACCGACCGCGAUGGGAGCACCGCUCUCAUGGUGGCCCUGGAUGCCGGGCAGAGCGAGAUCGCGUCCAUGCUGUACUCCCGCAUGAACAUCAAGUGCUCGGUAUGGGAAGCUGAGACAAGAGGAUCGCUUGAGACCAGGAGUUCAAGGCCAGUCAGGGCAACAUAGCAAGACCGUGUUUCAAACAAAGAAAUCUUCGCCCCGAUGUCAGAUGACGAGAACCUGGCGUCGUCCUCCGCCGAAGAGUAGCCAAGGGAGGGAGGCCGGAGCCUCCCUUGGGGCCACUGGCCCGCCAGCCGUCCUGUCUCCUCUCUGCCCCUCUCUCCUCCUCGGGCUUCCUCCCACGCCCCCAGGCCCAAGUCUGGAAGGCAAACAGUUUUCCCUCCGCGUCCCCAGGGAGCCCAGGACACGGACGCGCAGGGGACUCCUGCUCCAGUUGGUUUUCCGGCACCCAAGUUCAAAGCAGCGGCCCAGAGCAAAGCUAAACUCUUGUCUAAAGCGGCGCCAGUGGCUGUUGGCUGGGGUGUGGGUUUUAUAAAGAACGUUGAGAACAAUCAGCCGGCAAUUAUGGGCGGAGGAGGGGAAAAUUUUAUAUUUUUGAAUCAUUGUCGGGGGAGGGGCACGAUCCUCCUGUGUGUUGCCAAAUUUGAAAGUCACUGGAAUUGUGUGUGCUCCUGUAAUCCUGGAUGUCAAGGCACGGUCAUCACUCGAGUGGCUUUGCCCACCCCCCGCCUCCCCCACUCGUACUAACUGUCCAGUUAUAGCGUCUGUUGCCCCCACUCCAGGUGGCUUUCUAGGGGAUAUUUCUUCUCUUGCUUCACAGAAUAGCUUCCGCCCUGUCACAUCACCCCCUGGGCAGAAAGCUGAGCCCUUCUCUCUUGUUGUGUCUGCCAGCAUCACUCCCACUCAAGUUGGGGGACUCAGGACCCUGCGGCCUGUGCCCUGGUAGCCUCUGACUUGUAGGUAACCCGUUCACAAGGAGAAAUGACCCAGAAAUCCAUCCCGCCCCUGUACAGAGGCCCUGGCAAAUAGCAGUUUCCUAGAAAAUCCUUCAGACCUAGAGUUGAAAGAAAAAGAUCCAGUUCUCAGAGUGGCUGCUACAUCCAGAGCCCAGAACCGUGGUUACAGGGCCCUCCUCUUCCUCCACAGGUCUCCAGAAUUUCUCUCCUCAAAGGAGAGAAAACAGGGAAUGUGUUUGUUGGCAAAGCAUAGGGCAGGCUCCACAAACCCCAUGUGUACACAAUUAAAAGUUGGCUGCCCCCAGAGGACUCCCAGCAAACUUAAAGAGACAGGCCUCUGCCGAAAACCAAACAAAGGGCAGCUGGAUUUUUUUUUUUUUUUCAAACAA